ACUGACGACAGUAAUUUGUUUUUGUCACAAGUUUCUGGGUGGACGUGGAAAACCGGGUGUGUACAGUUUACAGAUGCGAAGUUGUACAGAAUCCAUCUGUUAUUGGCAUUUGAAGUCAGUUGAUUAGCAGUAUGCGACUCAAAGAAAAUGAUCCUGGAGCUGCUCAGUACGGAAAUUUUAUAAAUUAUUAUCAAUUUCACCCUACGGAAGCAAGAAUAAAGUCCUUGCCAACAGAUGUUUGGAAUGUUAAGGCAGGCGAAGACAUGCUUUGCCUCGAUGUAGGGUCUAACUCGGGGGAACUGACACAAGCAUUAUAUGAAUUCAUCUUGUCAAAUCUGCAUACAGUAGAUGAUGAAAAUAAAGUGGACAGUCUGCAAAACUCACAAUGUAAAGGAAGCAAUUGUUACUUUUUAGGUCUGGAACUAGAUCCAUUGCUCACUGAAAGAGCAAAAAAUAGUAACAGAUAUGUCUCCAAUAUACAUUACCAUUGUCUCAAUUUUAUGACUGAUGACAAACUAACUGUUCUGAAAACAUAUCUUAAACAGCAUGGGAAACAAAACUUUGAUAUGAUAUUCUGUUUUUCAGUGACAAUGUGGAUACAUUUAAAUUAUGGAGAUGAAGGGUUGCUUAAAUUUCUUAAGGACUUAUGUGCAUGGACAAAAGUUUUAGUGAUUGAACCACAACCGUGGAAGUGUUACAGAGCAGCAGCAAGAAGGUUGUGGCGUGCUAAGGGCGAAACCUUUCCUGAAUUGGAUGCAUUAACAAUAAGGCACAAUGUAGAGACUGAAAUUGAAGACAUUCUUGAAAAGAAAUGUAAUUUUAGUAAAGUAUUGGAAACUACUUCUGAAGACUGGAAAAGGAAAAUAAUAUUUUUCAGAAGACACGACUCCUAGUAAAAUGUGCAGGUGAAAAGUUAUCAGCAUGAUUACACCUGUAUUGCCAUUAGCCCCUCCAUAUUUCACUAGAUAAAAUGCCAGUAUUUUUUUAAUAGUAAAAGUUAUAAAGGUCAUACACUUUCUGCCCAUACAGCAUAAUGUACUGCAAUCUAACUUGCGGGACAGGAAGUGAGCCAGACCUAGAUCAAAUCCGCAUGGCAGGUUAAUGAGUUUUGCUGGUACAGCAGCCAUCCUGGAUGUGGUUUUUAAGCAUUUAGGCAAAUGCUAAGCUGGUCCCCACUUUCUGCCUCAGAUAACGUAUUACACAAACAUUUAAAAUACAAUCACGCUCAGAACAAAUUUUACACAAUUCGAAGGCAAGAGAUACACAUGACUUCCCUCCUUUAGGUAAUUGGUGACUGCAGCAAAAAGGAGGGCAACCCCACGUAACAAAAUGAAAUUUCUGAAACUAGGGUGCUAUAGAGCCUGAAUCUAAGCCACGAUAAACACUAAAUAUAAGAAGAAUAAUACAAGUCACACACUUACGUGAACAAUUAUUGCCCUUAAAGUAUUCCACCUUCAUCUGGUUGCAUUUCAUUUUGCUCCCAAUUAUUGUUUAGUAAAAACAUCAGUAUUUUCUUUGAUGUUCUCAAAAAUAACAACUUUUUCUUCCUUCGUUUAACAAUAGAAAAAUUCUAUUGAAAACUUGAUUCUUUGUGUAACUUGCCUAGUAACAAUACCAGUCUAAGGUUCUAGUAAAGAAAGGGGAAGAAAAAAGAAAACUCAUGUACAACUGAUGUUUCUUCUUUAUAAUUUUCAUUGUUUACUUCCAAUUGUUUGUUGCCUUUAGAGUGAAUGUGAGGCACAGGAGCAUUGUGCUUUCACUGAUAACCUUCCGUGUUACAUGCAAAGCUUCCCCAAGUGAAAGGGGCAGAAUGUAACUCAGAAUGAUUUUGAGUUAUAAACAGCCAUUUCCAGUCAAUGGAAAAUGCUCAGAACCCAUUGUCUGAUCAUGAUUGUACCAUGUUUGAGCAACUCAAGAUCUGUUUGGGAAGUCUGGAGUUCAACUUGGUGUCUGAACAUUUGAUUUAGGUUUCCAAGUGUUCCCCAGAAUAACAAGUGAUCGCUAAGUAGAUACAUUCAUCAAGGUUAUGCCCAAUACUUUUUUCCACCUAUAUUUCUCCAGUUGUAACUAAUGUCAGACAGUAAUAACCUGAAUAUUAAUAGUGCAUUAACUCUCAUCUUGAGAUGCACCAUUAUUAAAUGUUUCUGCCAGCAUUAACAUAUCAUGCAGCUUAGAGUUUAAGUGUACUCUGCAGUAGAGUUGAAAAGACACAAUACAUAUCUAGUGGUCUCAUUUUACUGUGCUAUCUGAUGUCUUCUUUUUAAAAAAAUGUCAUGUAUUCUGCCAAAAGUUGCUGUAUUGUCUACUUUGACAGAAUAUAGUGACAUUUUUUAAAUACAUUCAAGCUGUAGAAUGUUACUUACACAAGCUACUAUGUUUCCCCACUCUCACCCUGCUUCCAUAUCUUUGAUUUUUUAUUUUUAUAUACAAAAUUUGUGCCAGAGCCACUAUGAAUUUCAUAAAGAUUGAAUCUAGUGUUGUGGGAAAAUGUACUAACAUAGCAUAGUUCGGUAAUCAGACUCAGGAGGGGAAAAAAAUAAUAUUUCAGCGUAGAAGCAUAUUCUGUGUAACAGAAUUUUCCAGAAGAGUUUGUUAAAAAUGAGCUAGUCACAGUUAAUACUCAUGCACGAUGAUAGAAUACCCCCAUGCAUCAAAUUUGGUAUAGUUUCUACAAUAGUUCGUCAAAUGAGAGACUUGGUAGAAGGGAAUAAUCCUUGAAAUGUGACAUGUUUAAUUGGUAUUAUGUUGUUAUUAACAGUUGAAUAUCUCUUUCAUUCUCAUGAAACAGAUAUUCAUCAUGACUGUGGGUGUUAAAGACCUUUAUGUGUGGAAUGGUAUAUUUUGUCCAGACUUCUCAAGUGGUCAAAAAAAGGUCACAAAGAACGUCAAUGGAACAUAGCUCGUUGGAAUGCAAAGUCCUCAUUUGGUGAAACAUUGCAUUUCCAAGGGCUCACCAAAGCUGUGUCUGUGUGGGAUUCUUUUGUGAAAGAAUCAAUUGUCUCUUGCACUACACUAAAGACAACAUGAAACAUUGACCAUGGAAUACUAUACUGUAUAGAAAUGAAACAUGAGGACUGGAAAUACAGAAGACAUUUGAAAUGUGUGUAUUCAGGAGGGCUUCAAAAGUUCUGUGAACAGAACAGUGAAAUGGAAAAGUGUUAAUUGUGACAGAUCCACUAGAGAGCUUGGUAGAAAAACUGUUCUAGAAGAAGGAACUGGUGGAAGAUGCUCUUCCCAAACCCGAGAGCAAAAUGUGUGAGAAAAGACAGAAAUUGAGCACAUUGCAUAAAUCAUUGGUAAGUUUGGAUAGUUAUGUAUACAGAGACUAAGAGAAAGAAGAUAGAAAGCAAUGGAGGACUACUUUAAACUAUUUAAAAAUGCAACCCUUUGACAUGGAAGCAUGUGGAACUCCACUGAGAGUCCUUAUGGCACAGAAUUACUUUUGACCAUAAUAGCUAUAGAGCAGCAGUUGAAAUUGACCAAAGUUGUCAUAGACAUUGCACUUCCAUCAUCUGUUUCAUGAGUGAAAAUUCUUCCAAUAAAUACUCUAGAUAAAUCAGAGCCACAUGAUCUGGCAGCACGAGAAAGCAAAAGUGCAACAUUUUGUUUCGCUGAAUUCACAAGAGUUUUCCAGACAUCGUACACUGAGCACAACCAUUUUAUUAUUUGUAAUCAUACAAGUCAUUUAUUACAAUGAUUACAAGUCAUUUAUUACAAUAUAAACUGUGUUACUGUUUACUACAAAGAUAUUUUGGACACAAUAAUUGUAAAGCAGCACUCGAAAUUGACCACAGUACUAGACUUCGUAUUUCUUCCAACUGAUACAUGAAUGAAAAUUCUUUCACAAUAAAUAGUUCUCUGAAUUCUACCUGUUUCCACAUGACACAACAUAAGAGAAAGCACAAAAAAUAUUUCUGUUAGAAUGAUACAGUAUCUUGUUUUUAUGUUCUUCUGCCAGCAAGAUUUGAUUUGGUUUUCCGUCCAUUGGCGUAUUCAUUGACUUUUGUUCAUAAUUUUCAAAUUUUUUUCCACAGUAUUUUUAUUUAUUUGUAGUUAAUUGUUUUAGUACUGAUCUUAUGCUUCCAAUUUUUUAUCUUAAUAUGCUAGUGUCAAUGUGAUUUUGA